UUCUCUGCCUGGGAGGAGACUGACGGGGUGUAGAGCUUGGAGGGAGCAUUCACUGGCCAUGCCAGUACUUACCACUGAUGCUGAGUCAGAAACAGGUAUCCCAAAAUCCCUUUCCAAUGAGCCUCCCUCAGAAACCAUGGAGGAAAUAGAGCACACAUGCCCACAGCCUCGACUGACUCUGACUGCUCCUGCCCCAUUUGCAGACGAAGUCAGCUGCCAGUGCCAAGCACCCCACGAAAAACUGACCAUUGCUCAGGCCCGCCUAGGAACACCAGUUGACAGACCCGUCAGAGUGUAUGCUGAUGGGAUAUUUGACCUCUUCCACUCGGGCCACGCCAGGGCACUUAUGCAAGCAAAGACACUGUUUCCCAACAGCUACUUACUAGUAGGAGUUUGCAGCGACGACCUUACCCACAAAUUCAAAGGUUUUACCGUGAUGAAUGAAGCAGAGAGAUAUGAAGCUCUCAGACACUGUCGCUACGUAGAUGAAGUCAUCAGAGAUGCUCCAUGGACGCUCACACCAGAGUUUUUGGAAAAACACAAGAUUGACUUUGUGGCCCAUGAUGACAUUCCGUACUCAUCUGCUGGCUCAGAUGAUGUUUACAAGCACAUAAAGGAAGCAGGCAUGUUCGUUCCAACUCAGAGGACGGAAGGCAUCUCAACAUCAGAUAUCAUCACCAGAAUUGUCCGGGACUAUGAUGUUUAUGCCCGCCGCAACCUCCAGAGAGGGUACACAGCGAAGGAACUGAAUGUCAGUUUCAUAAACGAGAAGAAAUACCGCUUUCAAAACCAGGUAGACAAGAUGAAAGAAAAAGUUAAGAAUGUGGAGGAAAGAUCGAAGGAAUUUGUUAACAGAGUGGAAGAAAAGAGUCAUGAUCUAAUUCAAAAGUGGGAAGAGAAGUCAAGGGAAUUCAUUGGCAACUUCUUAGAACUGUUUGGGCCAGAUGGAGCAUGGAAGCAGAUGUUCCAGGAGAGGAGUAGCCGGAUGCUGCAGGCCCUGUCCCCGAAGCAGAGCCCCGUGAGCAGCCCCACCAGGAGCCGGUCCCCUUCCCGCUCCCCGUCGCCCACCUUCUCCUGGCUCCCGGUCAAAACCUCACCUCCCUCCUCCCCCAAAGCUGCCUCGGCCUCCAUCAGCAGCCUGAGCGAGGGGGAUGAGGAUGAGAAGUAAAGGCGGCUGGCAGGCCAUAGGGCUGGGGAGGGGGGCGGGGUCACUGGGGACGCCUGGGUGGUGGGUGUUCCGAAGGGUUAAGAGGCGCAGAAGCUGCAGCUCAGCAGGGAGACCCUGGGAAGGUCUUGAGACUUCAGUCUCCACUCAGCCCAACACCUGGGCCCUGCAUGGAGGUUU